UACUUAAUGGCUUACCCUAGGGGAUUCCUUAGUGGGAGUUACCGAGGGGUUGCGAAUAUCGGAAGCUUAUUUCGAGCUCACCUGCGGGAGUGAGACCAUUGUAUUUCUCUUAUUUUUCUGCCACAGAUGUUACGAUGGCGCCCAGAAUUCUGGUUUUUGGCACCGGCAGCGUUGGCGCAGUGUACGCCUGGGUGCUCUCACAGACCAUCCCAGCAACUAGCAUAACCACGAUAUGCCGCUCGAACUAUGACCAAGCAAGUAAAGACGGCUUCGCGAUAGACUCGACAAUCUGGGGCAACAAUCUCAAAUUCAAGCCUGUGGUAGCGCGGACCGUCGCCGAAGCUGCGGAGAAAUCAGACCAACCAUUUGACCAUGUCCUCGUGUGCUCCAAAGCUCUCAACACAACGCCGUCAACCGCUGAGCUCAUCAAACCGGCUAUCUCGGAAACCACCGCAAUCGUGUUGAUCCAAAAUGGAAUAGGUAUCGAAGACGAGUAUGCUAGGGUCUAUCCCAACAACCCUCUCAUAAGCACCCUUACCUACCUCCCCGUCACCCAAGUCAGCCCUGCUGUUAUACAGCAUCGGGAGGUCGAAUUGCUUCACGCGGGAACGUACCCGGCCGAUGCUCCAUCUCCAAGCAAAGACGCAGCGAAGAAGUUUGUGGACCUCCUUACAGCCGCCGGCGCCACGGCAGUCCUCCACGACGACGUCCAGGAGGAGCGCUGGGCAAAGCUACUGGUCAACGUGGCGUGGAAUCCCGUGUGUGCCCUGACGCGGUGUCGGGACCGAGCCUUCAUCAACACCAAUAAUAAAGUACUACCAUUCAUCAAGGACGUCAUGAUGGAGGUGUGCUCUGUUGCGCAGGCGUAUGGUUACGACAAUGUGAAUGAGCAACUUGCGCAUCAUCACAUUGGGCGGGCGUAUAGAAGGGAUCUUCCGGGUGUGCAGCCGUCCAUGAUGGCGGAUACGCUUGCGGGGAGAGAAAUGGAAGUUGACGCUAUCAUCGGGAAUGUGGUGAAGCGGGCAAGAGCAAAGGGGGUGGCUGUGCCGUUGCUGAGGACUAUAUAUCUUCUUGUGAAUGGUCUCAAUGCUAGCUUUGCAGUUGGAAAUCCAUGACACGAUGUCAACUCCAGAGAUGUAGUUCAGUUCCGAGACGGGGCCGGAGACAAUCACUUGAGCAUCGUGCGAAGGUCAUUUUGCCGUAGAGAACAUCAUUGGUCAAAAGACUACCCUGAGGAGUGAUGAGACUUGUCGGUCCGGCAAUGGCGUCACGGGCUCACGGCGGUUUUGGUUACAGAAGAUCGGCUCCAGAGUCUUAGAGUAGUUCAGAAUGGUGGGAACUUAGGAGUAUCGAUUCCAGCAUAACGCAGUUGCCAUUAAUGAAUUAAUGCCAUUCCUUAAGUGACCAUACUUGGCAGGCAAUUGAGCGCUCCGAUGCGACAAGAUAAUUCAUCCCGGUACACAAGUGCACAGGUUUCGUAUUCUGAGUUGAGUUACACAAAAGUUCGAAUGCCCACCAGAUAUAAUCCUGUCAUCAAAGACCAAAUUUUGCCCUCUCUAUCAUAUCGCUGCAGCUUAUACCAAUCAAGAUACCUUUCCAGCUAGUGGCUUCGGU